AUGGGCCCCUGUACCGCCUCCUCAUGCUGCUGCCAGGCCCGUAAUCUGCCAUGGGCCCCCGUACCGCCUCCUCAUGCUGCUGCCAGGCCCGUAAUCUGCCAUGGGCCCCGUACCGCCUCCUCAUGCUGCUGCCAGGUCCAGAGUGUGUCAUGGGUCCCUGUACGGCCUCCCAUUGCUGCUGUCUCCAUCGCCACACUCUGCCAUGUGCCACUUUCAGGUCUCCUCACACUGCUGGUGGGUUCCAUUUUGUCAUAGGGUGCUGUAUGGCCUCCCAUUGCUGCUGCCUCCACCCACCGCCACACUGUGGCUCCACACUCUGGUUUUGGCCCCGUGACUGCCCAAAUGAGUGAAGUGUGCGGUGAUUCUAAGAUCGACGGCACUCAUCUGCAUGUCAUACUGACUGCAGUAUUAUUUCUCUUCCCCAGCAGACUCCAAGGGCAUUUAAAUUAAAGGUACAGUGUUCUGCACUAAUAUAA